CUUCCACUCUCUCUAUAAAUUCACAUUAUUCACAGUAGGCGGAGCAGUUUCUCUGGUUAGGGUUUAGUGAAUGAUUUUCCUUCCCCUGGCGAGACAAGUCUCUUGGAGGGUUUUUUUUUCGCUUUAUUUUCAGUCAUCAGUGUAUGUUUUCCUCUACUUCACAAUGGAAAACAUAAUCUCUGACUUGAAAAUUUCGGAGUGGAAGCACAACAGUCUCUGCAAAACUUACGAUGAGAUUUCGUCUCAAGCUUCUUCCAUCGUCAUGUUCGGUAUCCAAUGGAAGGACGUAGACACCCAACUCACGUCGGCCCGGAAGUUGGUUGAAACCGAACUGGAACAACUAAUGGAGCGGGAGAAGGUUGUGGUUUCCAAAGAGAAGGAGUUGGAGGUCAAAGGGUCUCAUUUAAACUCAACCAUUGCGUUGAAAGAAACCCAAUUGGCUGAAAUUCAAAGACUGAUUGAAGAAGGUUCGAAAGUGAUUGAAGAGAAUCGCGAAGAGCUUGAUGUUAAACAGAGGCAAUGUGCUGCGAUUCAGGCGUCUAUUGUGGAGAAAGAGAGGGAGUUUGAUCAGGUACGUAGUCGUAUUAAAGAGGAAGAGGAAAAGUUUGAUUUUGUAAGAAAUUGUAUCGAAGAGGAAAAGAAGAAAUUGGAGGCCUUAGGGUUUCUUGCGUCGAAAGAAACCCAAUUGGCUGAAAUUGAAAAAUUGAUUGAAGAACAAUCUAAGGUGAUUGAAUCGCAUCUGCAACAUGUCGAUUCGCUCAAGUCUUUGAUUGAAGAGAAUCGCGAAGAGCUUGACGUUAAGGAGAAGCAACAUGAUGCGAUUCAGAAAUCGAUUGCGGACAAGGAGAUGGAGCUUGAUUGUGUAACUAACCGUAUUAAAAAAGGAGAGGACAAAUUGGAGGGUUUAGAGAAAAGGAUAAUAGAAAAAUCUGAGGAAGUUUCGUAUAAACAGAAGGAGAUCUUUUCGAUUAUAAAGACUUUGAGGUCUUACAGAGAUGAAAUUCAGUUGAAAGAUAGGAAAUUGAAUGACAUUAAAAGAUCUCUCGAGGAACGUAAGGAGGAGAUUGCGGUAAGAGAAGGUCAACUUAAAACUUGUUUAAGUUCCAUUCAUGAUUGUGAUAAAAUGAUCAAAGUGAAGGAGGAAAAGCUCAAUUCUAUUCAAAACUCGAUAGUGGAACUUGAGUUGAAAGAGAAAAGGCUUGAUUUGCUUACAAAAGAUGUUGAGUUGAAAGAGAAGAAUAUUGCUCGGCUGAACAGAAUAGUGGACGAGAGUGCUGAAAAGUACGUGAUGAAAGAGAGAGAUUUUAAAGCUUUAUUAGAGAAGCUUGAGUUGAGAGAAAGGUUUUGCGAAUCGAAAUAUGAGGAAAUUAGUGUAUUCGAACAAAAGGUAAAUGCUUGCCUCAAAGAAGUUGAAUUGAAAGAAAAGAAUCUCGGGUCGCUCCAAAAAUUUGUAGAUGAGCAUUCUCAAGAGUUGAGGAAGAAAGAGAUGGAACUAGAGAAAAGAGUCAUAGAGUUCAAAUUAAGGGAAAGAGAAUUCGAUUCGGCAAAAAAAUUAACUGAACUGAGAGCUCAAGAAAAAACUAAUAUGUAUCCCUACCAAGUAAAGAUUGAGCCAUCUGAAGACACCCACAUCAACAGUGCACUUGUUCCCUUAACUGCAUAUAAUGAAUUCUCCAUCUCAAAGGCAGGAGAAGACUUGCAGCUGCUUUUGAAUAGACAUUUGAAACGGCACGAUUUUCUUUGCAAUGAAAUUUCCAUUGCUCUUCAAGCUUCGUUGGAUCCUGCAAAGUUGGUGUUAGCUGCAAUGAAUGGAUUUUACCUAUCGAACUCGAGUAGGGAAGGUACAGAGACGUUCGAUCUUCAUAUUGUUAGGAGAAGCUGCAUUCUCUUGUUGGAACAGUUCAUGGAAACUUCACCACAGAUUGACUCUCACGUAAGAGAAGAAGCACUGAAGUUGGCAAGAGAUUGGAAGGCUAAGAUCAUACUCGGAAAUGAGAAUUUUUUGGAAGUGUUGGGAUUUUUGCAGCUUUUAGCUAGCUAUAGAUUGAGAUUUGCCUUUGAUCUGAAUGAGAUUCGCCUUCUUUUCAAUAUUGUUGAUAAGCACAAACAGGCAUCUGAAUUAAGUCAAUUCCUUUGCCCUCCUGAUAACGCAUCUGUUAAAAUCGAGCAGGCAGAAGAUUCUUUAGCCAACAAUGUGACUUCAAAUAUUCAGUUAAUGGAGCAAGCAGAAAAUUCUUUGGUCAAUUUUGCGACUCCAAAUCUUCAGCCAAUCAAGCAAGUAGAAACUUCAUCAGCCAAUCUUGUGACUUCAAAUCUUGAACAUUGGAAUGGAGGAGAUUUAGGUUUCGAGGCGAAAAGAGAUUCUUCUAAUGAGUUUGGGAAGAACAAGAGGAAGCUGGAAGACAACCAAAGUUGUUCGGGUGAGGACAAGCGGGCCAAGGGAUGUCAUAAUAAUAAUAAUAAUAGUAAGGGGCAGCAGAGUCAAUUUCCUUCAUGCUUGAACUGCAAGAAGCGUCAUCGUGGUGAAUGUCGUGCACAGACUAGGGCAUGCUUCUAUUGCAAUCAGGAGGGGCAUAUGAAGAGAAAUUGUCCGAUGUUGAAGUCUGAAUUCGAGAGAGAGUGGCCGAAGAAGAAUCACGCAUUUGUUCUGGGUUGAGUGUUUGCUCAGCCAAGACUAAGGAUUGCUCAACUCAUGUCUCAGUUCAGGGGUGAACAUUUGGCCUGAAAAACUCGAUAACCUGCAAAAUCUGCCCGAUCCGCACUCGAAAAACUUGUUUUUUCGUAAAAUCUGCAAUUUCGGAUCGGGUAGCACUCAAACCCGCAUAGAGUCAGGUCAGGUUUCAAUUUUAAAGGCAAGAGUAAUUAAAUUCGAGUGUAACCCAAAUUCGAAUUAAAAAAAAUGAUACCCUAAGAAAAAGUAAAAACAUAUAUGAUAUAAUUUCAAAUUUCUUUCUUGACUCAACUCCUCUAUCUCUCACUCGGCCGUUCACUAUCGCCCAACCCCGCCCUUCUCUCCGAUCUUCUCUUCCUUUGCUGCCCAGCCCAGCCCUGCCCUCUAUACUCUCUCUUCUCCUUAAAACGUAGACGCAGAUGCCUCGCGUGGCGACCCAGGCACCCAGUAGUAGCCAGCAAUGGCGAUGGUGACCGUUCACGAUAGCAUCAGCGUCUCCAAUCGGGGCUCAGCAGUGACGCAGUGGUGGACCUGGUGGUGGAUUAAGUGCGGUUAUUAAGGAAAUAGCUUGAAAUUGGAGGAAAAACGCUUAAUUCUUGAAGAAACAGUGUUAAACGAGCUAAGGAAUGGAAACUAGGUGAAACCGGGGGUCAAAUUGGUGAUUUGGUGAAAAAUUGGAAUUAGAGUCGCAACUCUAUGGUGUAGAGCUGUGACCCUAAGAGUUACAGAGAAGAAAAAAAAGAAUCAGCCAGAGUUAGCGUCAGGGAGACAGAAUUGAGGCUCUAUUAAAAUGGGAAUUAGAGCUGCAUCGUUACCAGAUUGAGCUGCGGCGCUACAUACUCCAAAGAUGAAAUCUGGAACUCGAAGCAACCCAGAGCUAUGGCGCUAUCAGAUGGAGCUACGACGUCAGUCCACACGGAAGCAAAAUUUAGGCUAUUUUCAAGUGCAAUUUUAUCCUUUCACACAGAAUUAACUAGGGACUAUAAAAACUUUCUUAAUGGCGUUUUUAAGGGGGUUAACCCUAGGAGAUGGAGAUAAGCACAUUGUGGAGGAUUGCAAGUGGAAUCAAAGAACUCAUCAUAGUUUUUCUUCUUUACUACUUUUAAUUUUUGUAAUUUGGAUGCUUUUUAAUUCUUUUAUGGUUAUUAUGAAUUUUGUCAUGAAUUAAACUAUUUUUCUAGGGUGUUAAUAGAUUCUCUUAAGACUUUAUUUUGAAUUAACGCAAGUUUUAUGAUUUCUAUUCCAUCUUGUGAUCUAAUCGAAUUUAUGCUUAAUGCU